GCCAACGGACAACACUUGCACUUUUGUUUCUUAUUGGUUGUUAUCGCACCUGAAUUUAUGCAGGACAUCUGUGAUUAGUAACGAAGUUGGCUCGGAUAGUUACGAUAGUUGAUCUAGAGUCGCCCGUCAUAGUAUCGUAGACGCGGCAUAGGACCAUAGUUGUUUGUGUUAAGAAUUUCGGUUUGUUUAUCUGCCAGCGUGCUGCAUCCGUGGAAUCGUUUGCUCAUUGGCGGCGUCCGACCCUGUCAAGCUAAUCCUAAAGUGUUCCAUCCUUCGAAAAGGAGCGUGCAAGUGAAGUGAACGAUAGGACAUAAUCACCAUGAGUGCGACAACGCUGCCAGCAAUUUGCAAAGACCUGGACGGUGAUGACCGGUGGUUGAGCAUCCACAAACGUUUCGUCGCCGAAUGCAAGGAGAAAGACCCGGACGUGAUGUUUAUUGGUGAUUGCAUACUGGAGUCGCUGCAGUUUACCGACUAUUGGAACCAGCAUUUCGUACCGAUGCACUGCCUUAACUUUAGCAUACGCUCCGACCGCACGCAGAAUAUUUUGUGGCGGCUGCAGAACGGUGAGCUAGACAAUGUGCGCCCGAAAGCGAUCGUACUGCAUGCCGGAACGAACAAUAUCGGAGAUUCAGCCGAGGAAGUAACCGAAGGCAUCCUCGAGCUGGUGCGGACGAUUCGCCAGAAGUUGCCUGAUGUGUAUAUUAUACUUCCGACAUUACUGCCCCGUGGUCAGCAACCGAACGAGCUAAGGGAUAAGAAUGACCAGGUGAAUCAAUUACUGCGCGAACGAUCGAUUGGAGUGAACAAGGUGCAGAUUGUGACCGUUGACAAUGGUUUAAUACAAAGCGACGGUACCAUCAGUCAUCACGACAUGUUUGAUUAUCUGAACCUUACUAACGUUGGCUGCAAAAAGGUGUUUGAACCGGUUUGCGAUCUGUUACAUCAAAUUCUCACGGAAAAUGAAAGGGAGCGCGAUCUCACGCCAUCGGAGUAGUUGCAUGGACCAUGGAGUGGGCUAAAAGGAAGCAUCCAUAACAAACCCGCCUUAAAACUUUCCACUACCAUAGCGCAUCAAUGAUGAAAGCUUUGUUGUAUGAAUUUAGGUUUUUAAAAGAUGGUAUUUGUUUUGGUUCUAGUUGGUUGGGUUUAAUGAGUUCUUCCUUUGUAUUAAAAUUUGGAGUUAUCUAAAGAUUUGGCUUUGAUUUUUUUAAAUAUUUUUUUCUUAGUGAUUUACUGCUUUUUCGCAGAACAACGAUGCGAUGUUACUGAAUAAUAAGAAAAAUGAAAUAAUUGAAAAAGAUUAAGCAAAGUGUCAAUGAGGGAGUACCAAAUCGGUAGUUAACAAGAAGUUAUUUUUCCGCUACGACAAAACACAACCCGGUUGAUUUCAUUAUGCUGGCGCAGGAAAACACUGCUGGUAUAUUAUUUCUUACUUGAACGUAACUAUGCGUACUGUAGAACAGGAAAUAUAGUAGAGUUUUUCUUACUGUAAGUUAUAUAUUAUCUAUUUUAUGUUAUAACAAUUGCUUUUAUGAUUAUUGCUACUUUUGUGGUUCCUUCGUUUUGUUGUUAUGGGAUGAAAAGACUUUUGCAUACUGUAUAAAAUGCUUACCCGUACGUCGAAAUAUUUUUGGCAGCUCUAUGAACUGAUUUAUUCGAAUCAAGAAAACGAUAGGGAUUAAUGCAUCACAUAAAAAAAACAUGAUGCUUUAAAAAAAGAAACCAAAUUAAUAAUUUUUUUAAGCCGAUAUACAAGAAACUACACUCAGUAAAACAACAUUUUCGCGCGAUUCUCUUAAAUUGCUUUGUGCAAAUUUCUAAUUAUAGUUAGCGUGGGAAAGAUAUGGUUUAUUUAUGUUUAUUUUCUUUUGCAAUUAGCAUCAUGGAGCUUUUAAUGUAUACUUAAACUAUUACACUCUUUCUAAGGCGAAUUCGAACAUCGAAACAAAAAAAAAAAAUGAAAUGCGCGCGUGAAAGCGCUCAAGCA